AUGACAUCAAUAUCUAUACCAUUAAUAAUACAAUCAGAGAUUAUAGAGUAUAUACUAUCACAAGAUGUAACAAUAGCAUUCAAAAAGAGAUAUUACAAGUAUACUCGUACAGUGACCUAUCAAUUGGCAAUGGUAUCUAAACAUUGGUUUAAUGCAGUGUCAUCGAUGAUAUCUGCUAUUUGGACUCAUGAUAUAUUUAGUAACGAUGUAUCGAUAUUGGUUAGGAUGAUGCUCUCUCAAUCGAAUCAAUACUCUAUCAUCAAACAACUACGAUCAUUGUCUUUGGGUGUAAAUGCAGGAUACAUUCAAAACGCAUUCUUUGAUCUAGUUGAUGGCAUUUUGAAACAAAGAAUCAAUGAAAAUCAACCAUCAAUGCCGUUGGAACACAUAUUGGUAGUUCCAUCUUUCAUGACUCGACAUGAUCUAAUUGUUGCUUUUGCCAAAGCUCUCGACACCACCCAACGAUCGUUGUUUCCAAGUCUCAACAUUACAUUCCAUUUGCCACCUUAUGACCAAGAAUUAGAUGAUGAAGAUGAAGAUGAAGAUGAAGAAGAAGAAUACUCUCCCGAAGAGGCGAUGGAAGUGGCUGAAAAAAUAUUGGAUACCUGCAGAGGUGUCAAAAACAUCAAAAAGAUCAGAAUCUAUCAACCGCCAUCUGAUAAAAGACCGGACGAGUAUUCCACGUUUGGUACACAAGAUCUUUGGGAUACUGCUAUUAGACUACCCCACAAGACACAUCUUCAGGGGGACCUGUCAUAUGGACUAGCCCCUGGUAUGCUUUUCGAAGUUUUUUCAAAGGAGCAUGAUGAAGAUAGCAAUGAAAUCGAGUACUUUUGGGCAUCCGAUAAAGAACCUCCAGGAAAUGUAUAUGCUCAUGAAGAUAGAAUUGGUAUGGCUGAAAAAUAUGCUGGUUAUCCAACUUUUGUUGAAGAACUUUUCACUUUGAUUAGAGAAUGCAAAAAAGUAAAAUACUUUAAUAUCUACAGAGUGACACCAAACAACACUGAAAUAGAUAUCAAACAAGGAUACAUGGAAGCAUUCAGAGACAAUACAGUAAUGACAACACUCAAAUUAAAUUAUGAAUUCUUUUUCACAUCGAUCAUUUCAACCAAUAUUCUAAGUCAAUCAUUAGAGAGAUUUAAAAUCAUUUUAUAUCACCAUAAUAUUAAAUUCAUACUACUAUCUUCUUCUUCUUCUAGAUCAUCGUCAUUGGUAGUAUCAGGACAAUCAAUCAACAACAAUAGUAAUUGUACAAUUGGAGGAUGGACAGCUGAUAGUUGUUUUGACUAUAAAUACAUCUACAACAAUCAGAAUUACACAGUUACAUUCAACAAUACAGUUCUCGAUAUCCCAGUUGGUACAUCAUUAUAUUUUGUAGGUGAUGUCGUCAUUGAUAGUACUGUCGAUCUUCGUUUCAAUUGCAAAGCUGAGUCAAAGGACGGUAAACCUUCAUCUAAAACCUAUUGUAACCAAAUAGAAACAAAAGGAACUUUUUAUUAUGGUGUCAUAGAUGUAACAGCUACCAUUGAUAUGAUGGACAACCUCUAUCCUGAAUGGUUAACAUCUCUCAAUUUAACUUAUACCUUUCACACAUUGAAUCUAGUCGAAGGAAAGGUAAAAGCAUUGAAUUUAUCCGAAUACAGUUCCGUCUUUAUACAUACCAACCAAAUUUUACCAAGUAUUAUGGAUGAUUUCAACUGUGAAUAUAUCAGUCCUGAUGCAUUUUCUUCAAAAAUCUAUUGUGUAAAAAAUGGAAAAUUAUCACCUGGAAUGAUGGUCAAUGUUUCAGCAACUUGUCCAGAUACUGUUUGUUUUAGCUUACCAAUUGCAUAUUUUAAAACAGAUCUAAUGACUCUUUGUGAAGUGGAUUCGGUUCUUACUCGUGGAAUUAAAAAUGCAGGUGGUAGCUAUGAAUACAGAAUUAAAGUAAAUCCAGCAUCUAGAAUAGUUGAUCCUUAUCCUUUGAUUCCAGAAUUUAUUCAAAAUUUAUUAAAUGUAACGAUAACAGGUACCGCUAACAAUACAGAGAAUCAAAUCAUUUAUAACCAAACUCUUCUUAUUUAUGUCAACAAUCAAUUGGUUCAUGCAAAUGGUACAACCUAUGAAAUCCCUGCUGACAGCAGCACUGAUCCAAAUCCCGAACCUUCAUCUGCUUCUUAUUUAAAUCAAUCCAAAAUGAUGAUGAUGAUGAUUAUUAUUAUUAUUGUAUUGAUCGCAAUAUUAACAUUUUUUGAAAGAAUUAUACUUGGGUUUUUGUAUGCAACCAAAAAUCAGAUUUGUGUUUACAUGUUGUGUAAACAACCAUCAUCAAAGUUUAUAGAUGUAAUCGAAAAGUUGGCAAUAGAAAGAGAAAAGAAAAAGACCAACAACAAAAAAGAUGAUAAUAAUAGAUACACAAGUAACAACAACUAUAAACAACUAUAUAAUGAUAUGAUAACAACAAUAGAAAAAGGACAAGAGGAAACAGUAAUAUCAUGGUUAUUACAUUAUUGUUGUAGAACCGAGAAAUACUCUUCUCUCAAGAAAUUAAUCUCCAUUGCCAAAACUACUACUACUACUACUACUACUACUACGACCGAUUGUUAUUGGAAUUAUAAUCGAGAUAUUGUACAACCUACAUUCAAUGUUUUGAUAUCCAAUAAUAAUAAUAAUAAUGAUGUUGAUUAUGAUGAGGAAUCAAAAACUCUAUUAAUAUCAAUAUUGACUAUUCUAAAUGUUAGUGCCACUGAUGAUGAAUAUUUAGAGUAUCUAAAGCUUUUAGAGAAUACGAUUCGAAAUCGUCGCGAUAAAGAAGAACACAGGAACCUAAAAAAACAAUCAGAUGAUAUACGUGCUUGCAACAAGUUGUCUCCAUUCAAUCUUCAUAACUCCUCAUGA